AUGGCGACUAAAGGAAGAAUAGAGGAACUGGGAAGGAAGGCAUGGACUUACACAUGCGAUCUGGCCUCAGACAACGAGGUCUCUGAGUUGACCGCGAGAUUGAUUCAGGCUGGACACGACAUCAGCAUUCUGGUCACUAGCGCUGGCAUCCAGAGACGCCAUCCUAGCCAUUUGUUUCCGAAAAAGGACUGGGAUGAGGUGCUUCAAGUCAACCUGUCCACCGUCUUCAUGCUUUGCCGUGAUGUCGGAGCGUACAUGCUAACCCGCGAACCAAACGCUAUGGGCCAUCGCGGAAGCAUCAUCAAUGUGGCCAGUCUGGUUUCCUUUCAGGGCGGAUUGACUGUGCCUGCUUAUGCCGCAGCAAAAGGUGGAGUGGCACAGCUCACUAAAGCACUCUCCAACGAAUGGGCAUCUAAGGGGGUCAAUGUCAAUGCCAUUGCACCUGGCUACGUGGCCACGGACAUGAACGAGGCCUUGAUCCAGGAUAAAGGUCGGGCUGCCAGCAUAUUGGCCAGAAUUCCUGCGGGCCGGUGGGGUAGCCCAGAUGAUUUCAAAGGGGCGACGAUUUUCCUUGCCAGCACAGCCAGUCUCUAUGUAUCGGGCGAAAUACUCACGGUUGACGGUGGGUGGAUGGGUCGAUAG